AUGAGUGCCGUUGGAGCUCUUCAUCUUGCAAACACAACGACAGGACGUGAUAGGUCAAUACAUCUUCACCACGCCAUGAAGACGUAUGGCGAGAUAAUGCAAUCCCUCAGACAAGUCUGGGGGGAUCCCAAACGUCAGUUUCAACUAACGGAUUUUGCGACUUGUUUACUGUUAUGCAUUUUCGAGAUGCUAGACUCACAGAUCGAAAACUGGAAAGUGCAUUUAGCAGGCGCUCGCGAUAUAUUCGAAUCAAUCGUCAAGACUCCAACGACAGCCACUGUGGUCCAGAAACAAAUCGACGGUUUGGAUCGGCCGUUCAAAUGCAUUCUCAUAUCGCUCAUGGCGUACCUUGACGUUGUGGGCGCAGUCUCUACGAAUGAAAGAAUGGUGAUCGGUGGGUCAUACCUGGAAAUGCACGGCGAACAGGAAUAUAACUUUGGCAUCUCAACCAUAGCCACAGAACGCACAAUCGAGGAUGUCUACUUGGGUGGGCUACGGCAUGCUUGGUCAGUUUUAAUGAGCAUUAAAGCGGACAUUAGCGCAUUUGGUGACGCAAUAAAUCGUGGCUUGUCUCCGAAAGAACAACAUACCAUCCGUCAAGGCUUAGAGGACAGGCUAAGCUCGUGGAAAGCCCUGGCGCCUGACUGUUUCGCGCAGAUUGGAAGUUCAGAGAACAUGUCUGAUGAAUUCGGGAAUAUCACACUGCUGGAAAGCAUGGCUUGUGUCAAGGCACACGAGCAAGCCACGAUUAUAUAUUUACAUAGAGUGGCCAUGAGCGGCCAGCAGGUAUCUCGUCCUUCGCCCCCGCAUGUACAAAUUGCAGCAUGCCAGGUUCUAGCGCUGGCAAGAAAAUUUGUGAAAGGAGUUGGAAGGCUGGCCAUGCUCUGGAAUAUGUAUAUGGCUGGCUUAGAGGUGACAGAUGGAGGCGAUCAAGCGUUUGUGCGUGAAUGGUAUCAAGAGACGGAGGCAUACGGUUUCAGAACUGCAGAUAAGGCUUUACUCACCCUUGAGGAUGUCUGGAAUAACAAGGCUGCGUCUGAGAUGCAUGGAUGGAUUGAAGCACCAAAUAUAAAAGCUUCACUUCUGUUACCUUUAGGCUAG